AUGAAUCUGCUGCCAGCUCUGCUGUUGCUGGGGCUGACGGUCUGCUCCGCCUUCCCGUUGGAUGGAGACACAACGGAGCAGGAUGAAAGCAUGGACCACAUGCAGCAAUACCUAGAAAAAUACUACAAUCUUAAAAAACAUAGACAACAGUUUCCUAGAAUAAAGGACAGCAGUGUUGUCGUGGAGAAAAUCCAAGAAAUGCAGAAAUUCCUGGGAUUGAAGAUAACAGGGAAGAUGGAUUCUGACACUCUGGAAAUGAUGCUUGAGCCCCGUUGUGGAGUUCCUGAUGUUGGCGACUUCAGUACCUUUCCCGGCAUGCCCAAGUGGACAAAAACCCACCUUACUUAUAGAAUUGUGAACUAUACUCGGGACCUGCCGGCUGAUGCCGUUGAUGCUGCCAUUAGUAGAGCGCUGAAGGUCUGGGAGGAAGUGACGCCUCUUACAUUCUCCAAGAUCAAUAGUGGAGAAGCUGACAUAAUGAUCACCUUUGCUGUUAAAGAACAUGGGGAUUUUUUCCCUUUUGAUGGGCCAGGACAGGUUUUGGGUCAUGCCUUCGCACCUGGAACGGGUAUUAAUGGAGAUGCUCAUUUUGAUGAUGAUGAAGAGUGGACAAAGGACACAUCAGGGACCAACUUAUUCCUGGUGGCCGCCCAUGAAUUUGGCCAUUCCCUGGGUCUCCGUCACUCAGACAAUCGCAACGCUUUGAUGUACCCCAUCUACAGUGCACUCACAGACCCAGACCGGUUCAGCCUUUCUCAAGAUGAUGUGGCUGGCAUUCAGUCCCUGUAUGGACCUCCUUCUCAAGUCCCAGCUGUGCCCACGGAACCAGCACCUCCAAGAUCCGAGAUCCCAGACAAGUGUGAUCCCAACCUGACCUUUGAUGCGAUCACUACUCUGAGGGGAGAAACCCUGUUCUUCAAAGACAGAUAUUUUUGGCGCAAACAGCUCAGGGCACCUGAACCUGUAAUUUAUCUAAUCUCUUCAUUUUGGGGAUCUAUUCCUUCUGGGAUUGAUGCUGCUUAUGAAGUUACCAGCAAGGAUACUGUUUACCUCUUUAAAGGAAAUCAGUUUUGGGCCACCAGAGGAAAUGAGGUGCUGAGAGGUUACCCGAAAAGCAUCCAAACUCUAGGCUUUCCCCCAACAAUAAGGAAAAUAGAUGCAGCCUUUUCUGAUAAAGAGAAGAAAAAAACAUAUUUUUUCCUGGAGGACAAGUACUGGAGAUUUGACGAGAAAAGGCAGACCAUGGAGCCCGGCUUUCCUAAGAAAAUAGCUGAAGACUUUCCUGGGGUUGAGCCCAAAGUUGAUGCUGUUUUUGAAGCAUUUGGGUUUUUCUAUUUCUUCCAAGGAUCCUCACAGUUGGUAUUUGACCCCAAUGCAAAAGAGGUGAUUCGUAUUUUGAAGAGUAACAAUGAGCUCGAUUGCUAG